CGUUAAAUACUACUCCUACACCAUAUAACCGCCAAUUACAAAAGCGUGCAACUUUUCCCCCUUUCUUCUUCUUCUUCUUCUUCUUCUUCGUUUACACUGCAACAAAACCCUAAGAUUUACAGAGACCAAUCCAAACCAAGUUUCACUUUUUAUUCCACUCAACGCUGCUCCGGUCCAUUUCCGUUGUCAAUCAACACGCAGCGUUUCGUUAGAGUGGGCAUUGCAUCUGGUAACCCUAUUCACAAUGAACUAAGUUCAAGUCUUUGCUCUCUGAAGGAAGUGAAAUGGCGAAACUUGUUGCUCCUGGUCGCCUGAUGAUAAAAGAUGACAACUUGGACAUUCACCCCAAAAAGGCUGGUUUUAAUGUCAAGUCGAAGAAUUCUAAGCUGGAUGGAAAGAAAGGUGGUCUGGGAAAAUCAGGUCGAAAAGCACUAAAUGAUAUAUCAAACAAAACAUCGCGUCAAACUGAAACCUCAGUUCAGAAGAAGAAUUUACCCAAGGAGGAUGUUAACAUAAAGGAGGAAAUGUUCUUGCAUGAUCACAAGAAGUGCAUUGAGGCCCAGAAAGCUGCAAUGAACAAUUUCAAUCUAGAGACUGUUCUUCCACAAGAUGAUUCCUUCUCUAUUCUGGAGCAGAUAAAGGUUCCUCAUUCCACUCGAUGCUACCCGGAACCAGAAGAAUUGCCAAUGUCUGAAUUUUCUGAUUGGUUGGACUAUUCGAUGCAAUGGAGCUCUCCUCCAUCUUCUCCAUUACCAUGGGAGACUCUAUCAUCCCCCUUUGCAUGGCAACAUGAAGACGUUGAAUUUGUUCUGAAGGGAGAAAUUGAUCCCCAUGUCUAACCUAUUCUAUCAUGUAAUGGAACAAGUGGAUUCCGCCAUUUGGAACUACUGAGCGUCUGAGACUCACUUUCUUUUUUUGUUUCUUUCUCACUACCGCUGCAUAAUCACUUGAGUGAAUUUCAAGCUACUUUCCCAAUUAACCUUUACAUCUAGUGUAUGAAACAUGUUAUGUACAUAUAGAGUGAGAAGUUUCCUUGCUUA